GGGCGGGGCGGGGCUGCGACACCCAGCUGGGCGGAGCCAGGCCAUGGCGACCGCAGAGCCCGGCGGGCCGGCGAUGAGGGCUGCCACCCCCGGAGCCCGGCCUGGCGGGGCCUCAGGGCACGCGGCAGGAGCUGUGGGACCGCCCUCCGGGAGGAGCGCCAGCGGAGCCCUCCGGCUGGGGGAGCGAACCCCUGCUACAGUGGAGAAGCGUGGACCGUACAUGGUGACGCGCGCGCCGUCCAUUCAGGCCAAGCUGCAGAAGCACCGGGACCUGGCCAAGGCUGUUCUGCGGAGAAAAGGCAUGCUGGGUUCCUUGCCGAACCGCCCCGACUCUUCAGGGAAAAGGUCAGUGAAGUUUAACAAGGGCUAUACUGCUCUUAGCCAGAGUCCAGAUGAAAACCUGGUGUCCCUUGAUUCUGACAGUGAUGGGGAGCUGGAAUCCAGAUACUCUUCCGGGUAUUCCUCUGCAGAGGCAAGUCCAGAGCGCCUUUCUGUGCAGGGCCAGGCUACAGGCAGCAUCACCACCACUACCAAAUGCUUGUUUGGUGCCUGCUGUGUGCACAGCACUGUACCAGACUUCCGGUCUGUUCUCCGAUCUUCCACUCUGCCCUCUUCCCCCAGCAGAGCAGGUAAACCAGGAUGUGAGCCGGCAGCUGCUACAGGAUGGGUAUCACCUGGAUGAGAUUCCAGAUGAUGAGGAUUUGGACCUCAUUCCCCCUAAGCCUAUGGCCUCCUCCACAUGCUCUUGCUGCUGGUGCUGUCUUGGGGAUUCUUCCUGUACCCUCCAGUAGCCAUAAUUCUCCAAGGUGGACCCUGCUCACCACGAGGCCUACAGAACCCUGUUGGCCCUUCAUAGCUCAGAGUGCGGUGAGAACUGCUGUCAGUUCACAAUCAUUGGAGGCACUGACUCUCUGGGAAGGUCCAUAACCUGCAGGAGAGCCCUCACCUGGUGCUUCUCAGGCCAGAGCCCCACCUCCAAUCUGGGUGAUGAGGGGAUGGAUAGAAUUCUGCAGUUUUCCUCUGUUGUUGGAGCAGUUUAGAGAAACUACUUUUAAUAAGGGCAGAAACAGGAUUUUCGACUAACAGGUGGCUAAGAAAACCAAUUGCAGAGAUCUUUAUUGGUAUUUGUCAUGGUGCUGUAUGGAAGAGGAAAAGAGCUUUUGAGUUCAGGUUGUGCUGUAGAUGUGUGGAGGCAGGAGACACCACUUUACAGCCUGUAGCGAGGAAUUUCAAAUUUUUAACCAGUACAAAGAAUUCCGUGUUUUCCUCCUCUUCCCAACUCUAAGGUGGAUUAAGGAAGCACUGAUGUGGGAAUGUGAGGCUGCCUUUUGGGCAGCAAUUAUUUCUGUUCCAUAUCCUGGCUUAUAAUCCUCUCCUCUGUUCUCUUGUCUUACCAAGACAGCAAAGUAAUUCCCUUUUGUCCUCUUCAUAUUACAUCUGUCCGGCUGUGGCAGUAAAUAUAACAGGUUGCUUAAUGACACAUCAGGAUCAUGGCUUUCAGAACACUGUACCAGUUCAGUGUCUGUGUAAGUUUAGUAACUCAUUCAGCCAGGACAGUGUACCAGUUCAGUGUCUAAGUUUAGUAACUCAUUCAGCCCUUCCCUAGAGAAAAACUGGUCCAUCAUGUACAUAUUCAUUCAUUUAUAUUUCCUUGGUCUGAGCUAGCUUCUCCACCCAGUCUUUGAGCUGGAAGAUUGGCUUGGAAGUACUGGCACUGGCUCUAGAAGCCUGAAGUUUUCAUGAUUACCAGCAGAGGGAGCUGCAAAGGCAGAGUGCCUUCCUAUUUGUUGCUUUUUAAAGUUGUGGGAAGUGGUAGAGUGAGUGUUCUGCUGGUGCUGCUUUGUGGUCUUUGGCCUAGACUGCAGCUCUCAGAAUUGGGAGGAGAGACCAAAGCUAGAAACCAGGUCUCUGCCUGAAAUCAGCCCACCAUUACACAGAGCCUCCCCUGUAGUACAGUCCAUUGUGGAGCCAGAUUCCUCUGCCCCAGCCUCACAGUGGAUGCUCAGGAUUCGACUUUAUGGACUGGGGGUGUAGGAGCAUUUACAUAGCAUGUGUGAAUCCCUGGAUUCAACCCCUAGCUCUGCCAAAAAUAAAAGAUUGGGCUUUAAGGCAAACCACAGUGUGAACCUAGCCUCUCUUGGCCCCGGCCUGAACAUAGCAGAAACAGGCAUAAUUCCCCCUGUUGCCCCCACUGGAUAAUUUCUUGUUAUACGUAGCCUCUUAUUGGAAUUUAGUUUUUCACUGCUCCUCAUCCAUUUUUUUUUUCCACCUCACCCAGGACCAUGGUGAGGUGGGAUGGACAGGGUUCUCAGCUCAAGGGGCAUAGGAUUAGGAUAUGGGUCCCAUGCAAAAGUGUCCAAGUUCUUGCUUUACAUAAUGUCCUGUGACCACUACAGGACAUGGUAUGGUAUCCCUACCACAAGAGGUGACUAGGAGACUGAGAAGUUAGAUAUAAAAUAUACCUUAGCAUUUGUUGGACAACUAUCCUCAAGGUCAUCCUAAUAGAGCUUGAUUGUUUUUCUCAAACUGGAAGGUUGACAGGAGCUUACAGUAUUCAGAGGCUGUGAUUAAUUUACUCUGCUAACUCGCAGCAUUCUAGAAGGGAGAUAGAUCGGAGACCAGAGGUAUAUCACCUUGGGGUCUGGGGACAGAGGAGGCAGAUGGUUUUUCUGUUCUGGAAUGAGACUCUGCAACUUUACCAAGGUGCCCAACAUUCAGAGCAAGGAACAUCAGCAUCUCCAUUCUGAACCUCUUACCCCACCAGUUAGUUUCUAGGCCUUCAGGUGUCUAUGGAGGGGAAGAGCAGAUGUGGACGGUAUAGAUUUGGUGAUAGUGGUGGGGACUUAGUGAGGGCAGAAGGUAGCUGUGGAAGCCAGGUAUGGAUCCAUAUUUCUGUGGGAGGCUUGGUUAGGACAGAUUUAUUACCUGGGCAUUUGGCAGCUGCUGGGAGGUGGCAGGACCCCCAAAUCACACCCUCUGGGUAAAUUGUUGCUGUAAUCAACACUGGGGCACUUGGCUGCAAUUCUCCCUGGAAGGGAUGUUCCACAGUUGGGCAACUCUGUAGGAAUUACGUGUGGAGAAAGCUGCAGGAAUAUGGAGCAGGAGACAACUUGUAUUAAGGUGGGACAGAAAUGGUGAGUUUGGGGUCAAGGGCCACAGACCAAAAUACCACCAGUAAAGGCUCUAAGUUGCUCAGAGCCAAAUAGCCUUAAUUCAGAGUGCUGGAUGUUAUUAUGCAGGUGACAGUCCCCUAUGGAGAGGGGUGCAUCUAGGCUUCCCUCACAGACAGGAAUGGUUCCAUCUGGUAUUUACACAGUGCUCUACAGACCUCUUGGCUUGUACUUAUACACCCUUGUACGUUUAAUAAGAAUAAAUGCAGUCAUGCUAGUUGA